CGUCGUCGCCGGAAGCAGGCGCGCAGGACGAUGCGGUGAGGUCCGCUGCGCAGCGUGCCGACCGCAAGACGUCGCCGCAGCUUGCACGCGCCCCGGGAGCAGGAUCGCAGACGGGCUGGUGGGACGAGAUACUGAGCGUGUUCCAAGCGCACGGCUCGAGUAGCAGAGCUGCCGCCACAUCCGCUCUUCGCACGUCGCUGUGGCAGUUCUGCAGCGGCAGCAUCUCGUGAGUGCGAGGUGUUGUACCGCUCGCUACCGCUCUCACGCGGGAUGCUCUUGCAGGCUGGUGUACCUCACACACCCGCCUUCCUUGAUGAGCGGCAUUCUGUCCGAGGAGCGACGUCGCUGCGUCUAUCCCGCGCUCUACUUCGCCAUCGCCUCUGUCGGCUGUCUCGUCGAUCCCAGUCACGAAGGGUGGUUCGAGGUCACCCCAUCGAUCGGCUCUGAACAGCGCGCCCUCUCUCGCGCCCUUGCGGAUGCUGCGCACGCCCAUCUGCACACGAGCGGUAUCGACGAUCUAGCACGCGGCAUGGAAGCCAUCCAGGCCACGUCGGCGCUGGCCCUGCUCGAGGCUCGCGGCUCAGACCGGCAGAUUGCCAUGCUGCGUUUCCUCGUCGGUCUGCUCUACGCUCUGCAGCUGCCGCAGAAGGUGGCAGCAUCGACGAACAUGGCGGACCAUGCGCCCGUUCCGCCGCCACAUCCCGACUUUGCACGCAUCGCCCCGCCGCAGCCCGGCUUGACGCUCGAGGCCGAGAUUCAGCGAGAGGUGGCCGUGCGCCUCUGCUGGGCACCGAGCAACCAAGGCGUUCGCAACCUGGAUCGGCAGCCCGAUCGGCCCUUCGUCUGCUCAAACACGCUGCAUAUCCCACCCAGCACCAGCUGGUCGCCGUCGCUGCUGUACCGCCACCGCGAUGCGCUGCCCGAGUCGUACUACAGCAGCCGCUUCCAGGUGCGCGUCGGCGUGUGCAUCAUGCGCCUCGCCCAGAAGCUGGCGGUGCGUGACGAGCAGAUGCCGCACCUGCUCUUCGCAUAUGGCGAGGGCGCACAGCCGGUUCACGCAGACGUGCUGGAGGAACUCGAGCAGUACGAGUUCCUGCUGGAGGCCAUCACCGCGCCUUACCUGACCGACAUUCGCCUGGCACACGGCCGGGACAUGAUCAACAUGUGCCUCGCCGGUGUGCGGGUGCGUCUCGCCUGCCACAAAGCGCUCGGCAUCUUCCAUGCCAGCACCAGCAGGCCCGCCGGCCAGAUGCCAGCCACCGUUACCGCCUGGCUUCAGAGCUGGACAUUCCGUCUGCGGGAGAUCGAGACGGACCGCCUGGCGCUGCUGCGCAGGGCGACCGACGCCACGACGCCCAUUGCCAACCUCGCAGAGCUGGACUCCUGGGUGCGCUUGCUCCGUCUCGGCACCGAUUUGCAUGCCGCCAGCGGCCAUCACCGCUCCUUUGUGCCCUACCUCCAAGACCUCUCGUCGGCCAUCAAGGCACACGAGGCUGCUCGCGCCAAGCUGCCUUCCGGCACGUACGCCAGCCAGAGCGAGGCUGGCAUCCUCUCGCGCAGCGCCGUUGAGCGCACCAAGCAGGAGCUUCAGGCGCAGCUCGUCCUCGGUGCCGCCGCCGCCGAGCGGGCCGGCUCAUGACCUCACAGCAAGUCUCUCCACUUCUCUCUCACCGCCGCACUCUCUCUGCGCCAGCCCAAAACGAGCAGCCGUCGUCACGCCUUAAUGCGCCGCUCACUCAGCCACCGUCUCAUGACACCGCCUCAUGCGUCACCCUGCUCCCCGUAAUAUACCGUCACCAGCGCGCCGCACGAGGACCAGG